AAAACAAAUUUAAAAGCUAACAUUUUUAUUGUUUCAGCCUUUGUGUAUUAUCGGUGAUUUAACCAUAGAAUCCGAUAUUGAGCGAAUUAUGAUGUCAACAAUUGAGACCUAUGGAAGACUGGAUAUUCUGGUUAACAAUGCUGGUGUAUUAAUAGAGGACUCUGCUCAAAAUGGUUCUUUGGAAACACUAGAUUUAGUGUGGAAAACCAAUGUUCGUUCUGUCUAUCAUUUGACGAUGCUAGCUGUUCCUCACCUGAUUGAAAGUAAAGGUUCCAUUGUCAACGUUUCGAGCAUUGUCGGAAUAAAGGGAGUAAGUAUUGUGAACACAUCCAAGCAAGAUUAAUCUAGUGUAACCAUU